CGAUCCCAUUCCGGUAUCAGUUUCCAGUCGUACCUCCCGAGGGCAACAGCAUUCGAGGAUCAACCAAUCGAACCACCGACCGAUCGAGAAGACACAUUUCUGCUUCAUUAUGCUGAAGUUUGCCUGUUUGCUUGCCCUGGUGGCUUUGGUCAGUGCCGCACCACAGACGAAACCGGGCUUCCAGCCUGCACCGGCCGGAGCUCAGUUCGGCGGAGUUCAACCCCAGUUCGCUCCAUUCCCGGUGCGCCGUGCACGGGCUGUGGGCGCGAUCGAAGCGAAGAAAGUAGCGGAAGCAGUUAAUGCUCCUGCCGGCGAGGCUGUAUCGGCCGACGAUGAGGCGAAGGACGAUAUGGACAAGUCGGAAACGUUCGGAUUCGGCUACCAUCACUACUAUCCUUCGUACGGCUAUGGAGGAUACGGUGGCUACGGGUAUGGCGGAUAUGGUGGAUACGGAGGCUACGGAUACAGCGCUUAUCCCAGCUAUGGAGGAUACGGAUACGGAGGAUACGGUGGAUACCCAUACGGCUACGGCUAUGGAUACUACUAGUCGUAUGCGUCUCUUCAGAGCUUCUAGCUUGCAAGCAACUUCGUCCACCUGUACCUGGUCUCUAGUUUAUAUAUCUAAAACUCCACUCAAAUUGUAAAAACGCCCAGACAGAGUAUGAUUCUCUUAAUGUAAAUUUGUCACCUAACAAAGAAUUUAUAAAAGCUAAAUCAUUUUAAGUGGUAGAGAGAACCUUCAAUAAAAAGUCUUUCCAACAAUUA